GUCUACACUCGCUAUGGAAAGUGUUACACCUUCAACGCGGACCCGCAGAGCUCACUGCCCAGCCGGGCAGGGGGCAUGGGCAGUGGCCUGGAGAUCAUGCUGGACAUCCAGCAGGAGGAGUACCUGCCCAUCUGGAGGGAGACAAAUGAGACAUCAUUUGAGGCUGGCAUCCGGGUGCAGAUCCACAGCCAAGAGGAGCCGCCCUACAUCCACCAGCUGGGGUUUGGCGUGUCCCCAGGCUUCCAGACCUUUGUGUCCUGCCAGGAACAACGGAUGACCUAUCUGCCCCAGCCAUGGGGCAAUUGCCGGGCAGAGAGUGAGCUCAAGGAUCCUGAGCUUCAGGGCUACUCGGCCUACAGUGUGUCUGCCUGCCGUCUGCGCUGUGAAAAAGAGGCCGUGCUUCAGCGCUGCCACUGCCGGAUGGUGCACAUGCCAG